GCUCCAGAGAAAUUGUACCCUACCAGAAGGGGCUAUGGCGGUGGCCUUGGGUUGUGCAAUUCAGGCCUCCUUGAAUCAGGGCUCGGUGUUUCAGGAGUAUGAUACUGACUGUGAAGUUUUCCGUCAGCGCUUCAGGCAGUUCCAAUACAAAGAAGCAGCUGGACCUCAUGAAGCUUUCAAUAAACUCUGGGAACUGUGUUGUCAAUGGCUGAAGCCAAAGAUACGUUCUAAGGAACAAAUCCUGGAGCUACUAGUUCUGGAGCAAUUCCUAACGAUUCUGCCCACGGAGAUAGAAACCUGGGUGAGGGAACAUUGCCCAGAGAAUAGAGAAAGAGUGGUGUCAUUGAUAGAAGACUUACAGAGAGAACUUGAGAUACCAGAGCAGCAGCUUGAUAGGCAGGAUAUGCUCUUGGAAGAACUCGCACCAGUGGGAAUGGAACAUCUGGCACCAAACAUCCACCUGGAGUCACCCCCACUCCAAGUAAUGGGAUCGGCCCCUGAGGUCCCAGUGUCAGAGGUAUGGAUCCCACAGGCAGGGCCACAAGAGCUGAACUUCGGUGCUGCUGGAGAGUGUCCAUCCUUUUUGGACCCUGGAUAUCCAAUACCAAAGCUUGACAUGACUUUCCCAUUGGAACAUAGAGAAGAUGAAUGGGUGAAGGACUUACAAGAGUCCAAAGAUAUUAAACAAUUACUUGAUUCCAAGAUAAGUUUUGAGCUCGGAAUAGAAAAUGAAGAAGAUCCAUCCAAACAGAAAAAGCUGGAGAAUAUGUACCCAUUUGUUGUUUCUUUAGAGGGGGAUUCUCUUCAUGGUCCCAUUUUACAAAAAGACUUUGAACAAUUAGAAAAUCAGUGGGAACCACCCCCAGAGGAUUUACAGGCAGAUUUAACAAAUCUUGUAGAAGAGCAGGGCCCCUCUAUAGGCGAGAACCCUGAGAGCUCCACCUUAGAAGAACCUCUGAACUCUAAAUCCCCGAAGAAGAAGAGUCCAGGAGAUAAACCUCACCGAUGUUCUCAGUGUGAAAAAUGUUUUGCUCGGAAGUCUCAACUUACUGGGCACCAGAGAAUCCAUUCAGGAGAAGAACCUCACAAAUGCCCUGAAUGUGGAAAAAGAUUCCUUCGUAGUUCAGAUCUGUAUAGACACCAACGACUUCAUACAGGGGAGAGACCCUAUGAAUGUACUGUGUGUAAAAAACGAUUCACUCGACGGUCACACCUUAUAGGGCACCAGAGAACCCAUUCUGAAGAAGAAACAUAUAAAUGCAUUGAGUGUGAUAAAAGCUUUUGUCAUGGAUCUAGUCUUAAAAGGCAUCUUAAAACUCAUUCAGGUGAAAAACCUCAUAGAUGUCAUAAUUGUGGGAAGAGUUUUAGUAGACUGACAGCUCUUACUUUGCACCAGAGAACUCACACUGAAGAGAGACCUUUUAAGUGUAACUUUUGUGGGAAAAGCUUUAGACAGAGACCAAGCCUUGUUAUUCAUUUAAGAAUUCAUACAGGGGAGAAGCCAUACAAGUGCAGUCAUUGUUCUAAAAACUUCAGACAGAGAGCAGGCCUUAUUAUGCACCAGGUCACUCACUUUAGAGGACUUCUUUAGGAAUCUUUAAGGGAAACUGAAACUUAAACACAAAAUACCCCAAACCGUCAACAACCUUAUUUGUCUUGGAAGAACCUUUGUGUUUGAGCUCAUAAGAACGACUUUUUGUACCUAUUUUAAAAACCCAUCUUUUGAAACAUGUGAGUUCAAUAGUACCCACCUAUAUACUAUUACUACUUCCUAGGUUUUAUUAUGCUGUCUCUACAAUUCUUAUUUUUUAUGACAAUGAAAAUGUUUGUGUUCCACACCAACCAUUCAUACAUAACAUCGAUGUAAGCAUAAAACAUAUAAAUGAUGACAGUAUUUUUCAACGUAUAGUCAGUAAAAUGCAUAAUCACAUCUUCCUGAUUAUGUCUUAAUAAAAUAGCACCAUAAUUUUCUGCUGUCAUUAUGAAUGAGGAUUAUAUUAGUUCACAACUUCUAUGCGGCCCAAGUGUCAGGAAAUAAGACAAUUAUCAGAGAAUAAAAAUGUGCCAGGAACACAAAACUGAAGGUGGUGCCAUUUUUCUGCUAAUAGCUGAGUUAUUUUCAUGGAAAUUGUUUAUGUUGAAGAAAAUUGUAUUUUAGCCUUUACAUUUGAAUUUUGCAAUAUUUGCUAGUUAACUUAGUUGAUAGUCUGUGUUCAUGUUGUUUAAAGCUGAGUCUUAAACUGAUUUAUAUUGUUCAGAGAAUAAGUUCUAUGUGGAAGGAUCAACGUGACAGUUGAACUUAUAAAAUAGAGAGGAACUGUUACUCGCUGUAUUUUGCUCUCCUUUUAUAUUCAAUCUUGUGUCUUGGUGUUUUUCAAAAAAAUUUUUUUAUUCUUUAAUUCAGUGUCUCCUUAAUUGUUUGCUCUUUGAUCACAUGUUUCUCAGUGCUUAAAAAGUUUUUUUUAUUCUCUAUUUGAGUGCCUCAUUCAGUAUGCAUCUUACAACACAACAGUUCUAUACAGAUAUUUUGUAAAUUACUUUGGGAAUCCCUAUGAUUUCCUUUCCUAGAUUCACAGUUUAUAUCAGCCUUUGAGAAUCUCUGAGAGAUCCUCCAGUAAAGGGGGGCAGUCAUUCUUUUGACUCAGUGUUUUAUAAAUGUAUUUGACCCCAGAAUCCUUUUUUAUUUACACCAAGUAGUAACCCACAGUAUUAUGAGACUAUUCUUGAAAAACACUGCCUUAAACAGAUGUUUCUGUAGCUAUCAGUAUAGUCUUUUUGCCCCUCAAGACUAGUUAUUUUUGUUUUGAGGGUGUUAUGACAAAAGUCUUUUAAGCAUUUUUAUGUAAGAUGAAUAUUUUAAGGAGGUGAGUGUUGUUAAUUCAGGUAAUUUCUAAAUUACCUAGUAAUUGUCAGCCUUUUAAAAUUUUACUUAUACACACAUACAUAUAUGACUACUUAUAAAUAUUCUUAUAUAAUCAUGAUAAUGACUCAAAUUUCUGUAGCAAGAGAAGAACUUUCUUUGGCAGUUAAAGCUGUUAAGACACAAAAAUAUCCAUUCAGCCUAGUUAUUGUGAAAUACAAGAAAUUGGACUAGUCAAGUGUUUUUCUCUUAUGAAAAUAUCAAUCAUCUUUUCCUCAAACUAGAAUUAGGGCAAGUAUUAUUUUCUGUUCCACUAAAGUUCUUGGAAUUAAGUUUAAUGUAAGUAUUUUGGAGGUAUUUACUAUGUGCCUAACAAGCCCUGUUCUAGGCUUAAUGGAAACUAGUAAAGAAAAUAAAUCAUGGGUCAGGUUCAUAAAGGUUUUAUAGUAUCUUUAGUUAAACAAUAGUUGGGAAACAAAUGAAGAGAGUACAAGAGAGUCUGUAGUUAAGUGCCAAAUCAUAUCACAUACUAGAACCAGGAUGUGUCUUUAAUCCUUGUCAUCUGGGUCCCUGUAUGAUGCUGCUAUGAGUGUGGGAUUAAGAUCCCAGUAGCAAUAAACAUGUAAUAUGGGAGGAGUCUGAAUGUAGAGAUGGAAAAAUACCGAAUGUAAUGGCUUCUCUUUUCUCUCUUGUGGAAUUGCAUUCAAACCAGAAGAGUGCCUUAGAAUGGAUGUGCCCAACUACUCUGUAUCUAUGCAAUAUUUUA